GUCAACAGGAUUGGACAGGAGAUUCGGGUCUCCCUGGACCUUCGCAGUAUCAUUACGAAAGUCCCAUGAGAGGUGCCAAAGGAGACCGUGGUCAUCCAGGUGUAUCUGAGCUGCCAGAGGAGCCUGGGUUUAAGGGCAUUCCUGGGCCGCCGGGCCCCCCAGGGUUAUCAGAGUUGCGUGAUUCACCUGUUCAGCCAGGUGUCCCUGGAGAAAAGGGCCAAAAGGGAGAACCACGGAUAUUUGAUUCAAAUAAAGUCAUUUUUAUUCUGGGAACAAAGGGAACCCAAGCAACAAAAGGAUGUGCAAAUUCUUAUUGCAAGCCUAGUUCCCUUGGGGAACCUGGUGAGGAUGGACCCAAAGAGCUGUCAGGAAACAAGAGCUUUAAAGAAGCUAAAGGUAAUUUGUCUCUCUAUGUGAUAAUUGGGUUAAAGGAGAACCAGAGCAUGAUGGUCCUGCAAGAAGAACAGAGGGGGCUGGAAAACAAGGCUUUUUGGGAGAACCUGGUCAACUAG